AAAACAAAUCUAUUUACAAUAAAAAAAUGUAAAAAACAAAUCCAACAAGAGCCAGACACUAGAUAUUAUCCAAAAAGAAAUCUGUGGCAUCCCUUAGUUUUCAAUAGAUUUUAAUUGUGACACCCAAAUACUAUCAUCAGCAAGUUUCACAGCAUUAUCAGAAACCUGAAAAGCCAUGAAUGAUACAUUAGAUAAGUUAGUAAUCUUUCUGGCAAAGAGAGAUGGUAUAGAUAAACUUGUGAAAACUUUUCAAUAUGUUUCAAAACUUGUUCAUUGGCAUGUUGAAUCAACCCAUCCUGAUUUUGCUGACCGAGCCAAAAAAUGGGAAGUUGCUUCCGGUCAUAGCCGUAAAGCAUUUCGAUCAGGUCGGUUCCUUACUGGCUUCAAUGCACUCCGAAGAAAUCCUGGUUCGUCCCCUACUUUUCAGUUACUUGCAGUUCUUGCCAAUGCUGGAGAGAUGGUUUAUUUCUUCUUUGAUCACUUCUUAUGGUUAUCAAGAAUAGGAGUUAUUGAUGCCAGGUUAGCUAAACGGAUGAGCUAUACUUCUGCUUUUGGAGAAGCUUUUGGCUAUGUUUUCUUCAUUAUAACAGACUUCAUUCUGAUAAAUGAAGGACUAAAAAUGCAGACGAAACUUCUCCUGCAAUCUGAAGUUUCGAAAGAUAGUAAUUCAACAGAGGAAGUUGAGACAAAGGAGAAGAGUCUCAAGAAAAUCAAAGAAGAUAGAGUGAUGAGAUUGAUGGGAAUGUCUGCUAACUUGGCUGACCUCAUCAUCGCGCUGGCUGAAAUCGAGCCAAAUCCAUUCUGCAACCAUGCUGUCACUCUUGGGAUUAGUGGAUUAGUCUCCGCAUGGGCUGGUUGGUACAGAAAUUGGCCUUCCUGAAAAAUUUGUCAUCACUGGAGUCAUCAAAAGCUGAGGUGAGACUGCUGAAAAAAGAAGGUACAUUUCGUCACCAAUUCAACUUUUGAGCAAAAAACACAUGAAUGUUAAGGAAUAUGUUUACUCUUGCUUUUUUUUUAUACUUUCAAGGAAACUGAAUGUAAAGUUAGAGCUGAGAAUCGAUAAAAUGGAUUACCCUUUAUAAGUGUAAUGAGAUUUUAUGUCUUGAGCUUCAUACUCCUACUGUGCUGCAUUGCUUAAUCAGUAAACAAUGAAGGGAAAAUCCUCAUCCUAACUAGUUAUAUAGAAACAGAUGGGUUCAUAAA